AUGAAAAUUUUGCAGACGAUACCAGUGAACCCGAAGCCAUUCUUGAACAAUUUGACCGGCAAGGCGGUUAUUGUCAAGCUUAAAUGGGGAAUGGAAUACAAAGGUUUCCUUGCUUCUGUUGACUCCUACAUGAACUUGCAGCUGGCAAACACUGAGGAAUACAUCGAUGGACAAUUGACAGGAAACCUUGGUGAGAUCUUGAUAAGAUGCAACAACGUUUUGUACGUCCGUGGUGUGCCAGAAGAUGAAGAACUCGAAGACGCUGAUCAAGAUUAG